GUCACGCAGUCUUGUUGAUGUAGUGAGUAGAAGAGGGUCUCUGGGCUCCACGCCCUAGGGUGGGGCUCCAGGAGAUGGGAGAUGAUGACCCACGCUGGGAGUGUGGGAGUUUCAGCCAGCCCAGAGUCAGGUCCAGACUGGAGCGACUGAUGGGCACGAGUGUGGUCCGUAUCACGGAUCGAAAUUACAUGCAGAAACUACAGACUCGUAUACGAGAGGACCACGAGGAGAGUGUCAGGAAGAGAAUCCACGAUAGAGAGGUCGGAGAGGUAGAACGAGAGAAACAUCUGAUUCUGGAAGGUAAGAUGGCGGUGGAGGAGGCGCCGGAAGAACUUGCCAAUCAUCCUGUCUUCAAGAUCACCCAGAUGACCAACAAGAUCCUGGAAGAACGACGACUACAGGCGGAAGCUAAGAGCAUGAACAAGCUAAUGAAGAAGCUGAAAAACUACGAACUUUCACUCCCAGAGAAGAAGGAGGAGGAAGAGACUGAGGUUGAGAAAUGCAUAGAGCUCGAUGAAGAGGAGAUAGCAAGGGCGAAGAAACUGCAGGAGAUAGAAGAGAAUAUAUCAGCUGGGGCGUUGUUCACACAGGAGGACUACGACAGGAUAAAGUACGAGAACCCUCUGGUCAAACAGCUGAGGGAUGUGGAGCAGUCUGUGGAUGAACUGUACAAGUUGGCUGACCAGAUUGUUGGACCGAUAGAGGCCAAGAAGCGCUGACAUGCGGCUCUCGGGGAACUUCCACCCCUUCCUGCUCCUCCUCCCCUCCCACCAUCUGAAGAAGACCUCUCCAACCCUCCUUCACCUUCUAAACAACCUUCUGAUCCUUCAACAAAAGUAGAUGAAACGUGACAUAAUCAUUCCACCCCUUCCUGCAACGUACCCCCUCCCACCAUCUGAAGAAGACCUCUCGAACCCUCCUUCACCUUCUAAACAACCUUCUGAUCCUUCAACAAAAGUAGAUGAAACGUGACAUAAUCAUUCAACCCCUUCCUGCAACGUACCCCCUCCCAUCCACUGAAGACGACCUCUCCAACCCUCCUUCACCUUCUAAACAACCCUAUGAUCCUUCAACAAAAGUAGAUGAAACGUGACAUAAUCAUUCAAACCCUUCCUGCAACGUACCCCCUCCCAUGCACUGAAGACGACCUCUCCAACCCUCCUUCACCUUCUAAACAACCUUCUGAUCCUUCAAACAAAAGUAGAUGAAACGUGACAUAAUCAUUCAACCCCUUCCUGCAACGUACCCCCUCCCAUCCACUGAAGACAACCUCUCCAACCCUCCUUCACCUUCUAAACAACCCUAUGAUCCUUCAACAAACGUAAAUGAAACGUGACAUAAUCAUUCCACCCCUUCCUGCAACGUACCCCCUCCCAUCCACUGAAGACGACCUCUCCAACCCUCCUUCACCUUCUAAACAACCCUAUGAUCCUUCAACACACGUAGAUGAAACGUGACAUAAUCAUUCCAUCCCUUCCUGCUCCUCCAACCGUCUCAAUCACUGAAUGUGACCCCUUCAAUCCUCCUUCACCUUCUAAACAACUCUCUGAUCCUUCAACAAACGUAGAUGAAACGUGACAUCAUCAUUCCACUCCUUUCUGCUCCUCCACCCCUCCCAAUCACUGAAGGCGACCCCUUCAAUCCUCCUUCACCUUCUAAACAACCUUCUGAUCCUUAAACAAAAGUAGAUGCUACAUAAGAAUGCCAAUCUAGUUUCUAAAUAGGAAAGUAGACGUACAGAAAAUAGAUACCUUACGUUAAUUGUAUAGUGUCUAUAUUUUUUAUAGAAGCUCUUAGCCAGUGUUGUUAAAAGGUUUUGAAUAGUUGAACGAUAUUGGAUAGACUUUGUCUUAUUCCACAGGGAUAAAAUAUAUCUAAGCUUAAUUUGUAAGUACUUAAAACACUUGAACACGAAUAUUUGAACACUUAUCAUUAUUUAUUUGACAAACUAGAUUAGUGUUAGUAUUUAUUUUUGAACAACUCAAACAUUAAUUAUUAUUUAUGUAUGACACUAUAAAUUUGUAUGAAGCUUAAUUUGUAAUUCUUCAAACACUUAGGCACGAAUAUUUGAACACCAUCAUUAUUUAUUUGACAAAUUGGAGUAGUGUUAGUAUAUAUUUGAACAACUCAAAUAUAUUCAAUUAUUUAUGGCACUAUACAUUUUCUUAAAACUGUUCACUGUUUCGUAAUCGAUAUGACUUUUGUUGGCGAUUAAUGGACUGAAUACUGUUUGUGAGUAAAAAUAACAGUCCUUAAUCAGCAUAAAUUUGGAAAAAACUAACCAGGAAUAGCCAAUGUGGCUUCGAGGCAAUGAAAGUGAACUAUAAUAAUAAUUUUGGUUGUAGUGCAAUUAUAACUGUAGACAACGAGUUUUAUAACUAGCCAUAUCAGUUACAUUUAUGAUCUUUCUUUAUUACGUAAUCUGUGUAAAAAUUACUGUUAAAACAACAAUGCAGGAUCUAAAAUGAUCUUAAUUACAAACACGUAAAAGGUAAACAUUAAGUUACAUGAAGUGUAAUAACAUCAGAAAUCAGAAGGUAGUUUGUCUCUUGCACGCCAUCUCGUUACAUUUACAGUGCCAUAAAAUUUUCUACAUGCGUUUUAUGGUUAUUGACAAUGUCACAACCGUAAAAAUAUUCUGUACUGUAUCACGUUAGAAAACACAGGUCCAAGAAACAAAACAUAAGAUUAAAUAUGAAUGAUCAAAUUCACUUUUUGGCAGUAUUAUUAUGCAAUGCAUAUUGAAUAAACAAUGUAAUUAUAGAUUUAAACUACUAACAUUAUUUACACAUUCUGUAUGAGUUUUAUUUUAAAAUUUUUGUUUAAAAAACGUGCAUGAAUACUCGUACAAUGAAAUUGAGCAACAAAGCAUAACUAGAUGUUUGUUAGGAAACAAUUAAGUACACUCAUUAGGUAUCGUUAACUACUCCUAAUACAUUUUUAAAACGAAAGAUAUAAUUUUUUUCGAAAACCUAUU